AUGCCGCCGCCGUCGACGUCCUCGGCAAGUGGGCUGUGUUUCACUGCCGGGGCCAGAAGAGGGGGGGAAGGCGGCGGGCGGAGCGCUGCUGGCGCGGGGAAGGGGGAAUGCGCGAUGUCUCCCGUGGAGCAGGAGCUGGGGGUUGAAGAAGGGGAUCUUCGUAAAGGUGGGGCAACCGCUGGCUUCGCAGGUGCUGGUGCGGUAGGUGAUGCUGGCCUCACUGCGUGGUUGGCAGAUGACCGCGCCAGCGUGACGCGAGAGCAACCGCGGGGGAGGAGAGGGGAUGAUAAGACCUGCGUCGGGCAGCCCCGGCUGGAGGACGAGGAGAAGGAAGAGGAGUCCGAAAAGCAUCCGGUGCCGUUGCUGUCGUCGGCUACGCAAAGAACACCGUUGCAGCCGUGGCUGCUUGAACGACCGCAGCAAUGGCUGCUGCAGCAGCAGCAACAACAACAGCAGCGGCAGCUGCUGCAGCAACAGCGACAGCCAAAGCAGCCGGGGGAGCAGGAGGUGCAAGAAGGCGAUAUGGCGGAAGCGGCGGGCGGCGUGGAAGGCUUCGGCGAGGACGUGUCUACAGAUGAGGCUUUCCUGGACUGGGCAGAUGUGCUUGCAGGCUCCCCCAGCCCCCCAGCGCUGAACGAUAGCACCCUCCCGGAAGUAUACGUUCAGGGGUUAGACACGAGUGUAGGUGGGAGCAGUGCGGCCACCGUAGAGACGGCGGCGGGGGGGCUGCUGAGCGUGCCCGAACGCCCGCGGUCUGUGUCGCACUCUGUGGUUAGUAUCGGUUCGGACGGGUCCUGGAGGCCGGCUACCGAAAGGACCGGCCUUGACCUGGGAGCCCUUCGUGAGGAGGCCCCGGUCAAUGGUGGCCGACCACGACUGGGGGACGGACCAGGAGGAAGGUGGGGUGGAAGCGAGAGUCAUCACCACCGGCACCGCCUCACCCAAGACAUGUCGGCGGACGGGGGGGCAAGGUCGGUGUCCGACAGCGCACUCUGCGUCACCGCGCCCUCCGUCCGGCGCACGUUGCCAGGGGAGGGCACGGCCUGGGACCUCCUCUUCACCCGUUGUGCGGAAAGGACCCCGCCGGUUAUCGGCACGGGGGGAUUGUCGUCGACCGCGGACACGCGGAGGGCGCCGGCUCAAGGCGUGCUGACUGCUGCUGCCGGUGGUUCGCCGGGAAUGUGUGAACUCUCCGGAGCGGACGGGGGGGAGGGCGUGGGUGCGUCGACGCAGCAGCAAGGGCAGCCGCCGCUGCCUUUGGGCGUGGAUUUCAGCGACUUGCUCUUGACACCCGAAGAAUUGUUCCGUCCUCCUCCCGCUCUGGCUGCAACGGCAGCGGCAGCAGUCGGCGGCGGCGGCGGCGGCGGCGGCGGCGGCGCGAGCAGCAGCAGCGGUAACCUCUUGACGAUGCAGACGCUCGGGAUGUUCAACCCGACGCUGCUGAGCGAUCUCCCGUGGGCCAACUACGGAGUCAGCGGCGGCAACUGCGACGCGUUUCGCGACCCCGCUGCGGGGGUCGCCCCUGCCGCUGCUGCGGCCACCGGCGGCGGUGGCGGGAUUGGUGGAAUGUUGCACAGCGGCAGCUGGGCUUCGGCAGCUCCCUCCACUGGCCUCGCGGAACUAGGCCAGCAAUCCAGAGGGGGUGACGAGACAGCGUCUGGAGCUCCGCCGCACCACAAGAAUUUAGGCGGCGUGACCGGCCCCAGGGGAGGGUUAUCGGCAGCGGCGUCUGCCGCAUCGACCGCCAUGGACCUGUCGGCAGAUGGGAACGACUUGACCGGCUGCCAGCUGGGCGGAGCGUGGCCUGUGCAGGGGGAUAUGCUCUUCUCCAGGAUACCGUUGGACGCGGAGGCGGAGAUUGGGUCCACAAAUAGAGGCUUGGGGGAUGCGUGGGGUGGCGGUGGCGACAUGCCGGGCGGCGAUUUGAGGAAUACCUCUGGCCAUCUCGGCCAGUCGCUGAGCGAUUUCAGCUCUGCACCAAACGGCUUGGGCUAGGAGGCCGUUCCCAAGAGCAGGUAGGUCAUCAGCGGCAUUAGCGGCCGUCAGUGCAACAAGGAUCACCACUAGUAGAAGCAGCCUAGAGGUCUGACACGAACAACUUGAGGAUUAGUCAUACAUGUCCCCUGAGGUGGCUUCAAGAGAGGUGGUGUCGUGUCGCGGAACCUUCCAUGGCGUUUAUUCGCACCCUACACUCCGUCGCCCGGAUGCUCGCUAGCGCGAAUACGAUACGGCGAUCCACGAUUUGGUCCAUGUUGACACGGGUUGUGCAUAGUUGUGCUCGGAUCUUGGUACCACAGACAUGACAUGGGGGGAGGGGGGAGGGGGGAGAGGGAGAGAUAUAUUCAGUCCAGCUGUAGAUAGGGCAGUGGUGGUGAUGUUGGGACUCUGCCGUUGGGCAUGAGCACAAGUGUAUUGGUCGGCGACAGCAGUGGUCUUGGUGUGAUUUUGAACGGCAGGCGUCCAACUGAGAUUGCGACCAUUCUAUUUCUUGAGGUAUGUUUUAGGGCACGCACGAUUUGUUCGAGCCAAAGCAUGCGUGUGCCUGUCUGUGCGUGUGUGUUUGUGUGUGUGUUGUUUUUCUUCUUUUUUUGCGCGACACGACAUGUGUACAUCGGGAGAAUUUCUUGGGAGUGUCGGCAGUAGGCAAGAUAGACGCUUCUUGGAAGUGCCGGUUGGGCGUAGGCUUUGGGGCUUCCAUCGCUUUGGACGCAAAACAGCACACACGUGAGAUGAUCGAUGUUUGACAACACUCGGAGUCCUUGCUCGUAGGAAGGUUGUCACAGUGAACCUUUAUGGCACAUUUCACUCUUUCCUUCGCGUUUUAUUUGGUGGAUUACCUCCAUCAUCAAUUGGUAUAGUAAAUGUCGCGAAGAUGACAUGUCUUGGGAAACGGUGGGCACUGAAGUCGCUGUGAGGGAAAAGCAGGUUGCGUGGAAACGGCGCGGAUUUCCCUUCACUGGUGUAGAGUUAAGGCAGCCGUUUCUUGACACGAGGUCAUAUGAUACCCUCGAUGUGCAUGGGUCGAGAACGACGUGCCCAGUUUGCUCAUGAAUUAUGUGGUGAGAAUGGUGAUCGGCAGUGGGAGACACUCCCUUCUAUGAUCUUGCACGAGGUCGCUAAGAGCGGUACAGACCCUUCGUGCGGGUUCUCCCGCUAUUAAACAAGUUCAAGUGUAGAUUUCAUUCCUCAAUUUUUGCCUUCCAGGCGUACAAUAGUAGAAGUCGGGUGGCUGUCGCCUUCUUUUUUUCGGGAUUUUCUUUCACAAAUGACUGUGGCUCGCUAGCUUGGCAUGCAGGGUGUUGGCUGUUGCUCGUGAUCGAGAUCGAAAUGAUGCAUUUCAAGGAAAGUUUGAAUGGUAUUGUGCCGCAUCACUGCGUGUCUUGAAUGAAAUUGGGUGCGAUCUGGCAGCAGCGCUGCCGCUGCUACGUCUUGUGUGCGAGCUGCUGCUGCUAGUCUAGUCUGCUGUUCUGUCGGGUCCCGUGCUCAUGACUUGCUUUGUUUUCGUUCGGUUUUUGCUCUCGUCUCAUCGCUAGGAGAAGGUCGGCCGUCGGUACGAGAUGAUGAGUAUUAACGAGACAAUUGUGGCAUUCGGGAGGAUGUGAUCCCAAUUACUUCAUAUUUUUCCCAUUUUUCUUGUAUGCUUGUUUCAUCUAUAACAAUUAUAAUGUAGUGACUCACGUGCGAAGCCGCCAUGUCACGACAUUUUAUCUGGACUUUCUUUACGAUGUACCGU